AUGACAGUACUUGAGGAACUUUUUGAUCAGCCUAUUGUAGUUGAAAUUAUGAAUAUUACCAUUCAUAUCAAUCAAGAAGACAUGCUUAUUUGUUUACUGGAGAAAAACGGAAAGUUCACUGUCAAGCCUUGCUAUCGCAGAAUGUUUGCAGAUAAACAACUUAAUGUCUCAGUGGGUCCAAGAAUGCAGAAAAUUCACAAAACUCUAUGGAAGCUUCCUAUCUUGCCAAGAAUACGUCAAUUCAUCUGGAAAUGCAUCUCUGAACUACUUUCUACAAGAGAUGUUCUUUGUUCUUCUAUAACAGGCCAAGAUAAAUCUUGUCCUUUCUGUGAGCAACACUUGGAAACAUCAACUCACGUCAUUAUUAACUGCAGUUUAUCCAGGGCAGUUUGGUUCUCAACUCUAGGCUCCACUGCAAAUAACUUGAACAACCUCAGUGACUGGGUCUGUAAUUGGUUUGAUGAUUUUCAUGGCAAACUAAUCAAUGAUCAAAUACUGAUUAUAAGAUGCAUAGUGGCUUGGUGCAUUUGGAAUGAGAGAUGCGAUAAGCUCUUUCAGAAUAGUCAAUCUACUCCAGAAAAGAUUGCCAGAAGAAGUUCACUAUAUAUUGAAGAACAUGCUAAACAGAUAUCUCCUAUAACUAAUGAACUACAUAGAGUGAAUCGUUCUAACAUUCAUUGGAUUCCUCCACCUUAA